CAGGGAUACAGUGCAGGACAGAGACAGGUAGCGGAAGGUGCGCUGAGGAGAGCUGACACAGAGUCAUGGCGGACUCGCAGCUCAUCUGUAUGGAUGAAGAACACGUUAACGUGAAAAUUUCCGAAUCCAAACCGGAGUUUUAUUACAGCGAGGAGCAGCGCGCGGCGCUCGAGCAUCUCCUCCGGAACGGGGACGGUGCCUUCAAGAUGCGGCUCCGCGAGGACAAUAUCAAAGACUUCCUCUCGGCGCGUGAGGUGAAAUGGGUUCGCGAGACGUUCCGGGAAUACGAUGAUCCCGACGACGAUGAUCUCUGCUCAGAGCCGCACGCGCCGCGCUCACCCCGGGGCUCGGACUCGGGAGUUCACUCCACUUACUGGCCCACAGUGUCGGACACCGAGGCACCGGCGCUCGAGCUCGGCUGGCCCACCGGCGGCUUUUACCGAGGAGUCACGCGCGUGUCGGUUUACACACAUCCACCCAAAGAGAACGGUCCUCACAUCAAAGAGGUGGUGAGGAGACUCAUCCAGGAGGCGCACAAGACCAUAGCGGUGGUCAUGGACCUCCUCACAGACCUGCUCAUCCUGCAGGAUCUUCUGGAUGCAGCGAGCAAGCGUGGUGUUGCAGUGUACCUACUGUUGGAUGAUAGCGGCCUUCCUCACUUCCUAGACAUGUGCAACCGGCUGCAGAUCUCCGCUCAACACCUCCGAAACAUGCGUGUGAGGAUGGUGAGAGGAUGCGGUCUGGCUCUGUCCUUUGGAAAACUGCCGGGAUCAAUGUGCUCCAAGUACAUGCUGGUGGACGGAGAGAAAGUGAUGUUCGGCUCGUACAGUUUCACCUGGACUUCGUCUCGGAUGAACCGGAACACCAUCACUGUCAUGUCCGGUCAGGUGGUCGACUCCUUCGAUACCGAUUUCCGUGAGCUCUACGCCGUGUCCGACAAAGUGGACCUGUACCACGAGUUCCACAUUCCCAAACCCCCCAGACACGCGAUACCCACGCCGCUCCAGAAAGCUCCGCCCACCGCCACCCAGCCUGCUUUACUUGCAUCCACCUCCCGCUUUCAGGUGUCUCUGGGAGACUCCAAACAGGUUAAUCUGAAAGUUCCUGCUCACAAAUAUCACAAUCCCAAAUACGCCCUGGUGGUGGGAAACAGUUUAGGCCUCACUGGAUCACUGCAGGAUCUGACAAGGCUCAGGGAAUGCACCAGAAACAGCUCAGAAAGUAACAUGGAGAAGUUACUCCACACCAGCAGGGGUGCUAAAGAGCCGUCAGACAGAGUGUCACUGGAGGAGACGAGUGAAAGUAAAGAAGAUGUAAAUAAAUCGCCGUUGUUCGGUUCAAAAAAGCAGCGCAGCUCCUUCAGGCUGUUCCUCAAAGGCAGGUCGCCCAAUCAGAGUCCGGAUUUAAAGACAGGGAAUCAUAAUACCAAUACCUCAGACAUUAAACCAGCAAAUCACAACCAAGUAAAACCUGCCAAUCACGUCAAAGACUCCCCAAAACCUGCCAAUCAUGUCAAAGACUCCCCAAAACCUGCCAUUCAUGUCAAAGACUCCCCAAAGCCUGCCAAUCACAUCAAAGACUCCCCAAAGCCUGCCAGUCACGUCAAAGACACAUCAAAGCUGACUAGUCACACUAAGGCAUCACCGAGGAUGGCUAAUCACAUAAAGGAGGUGCAGCCUGAGAUCUCUCAGAUCCCCAAUGGCAAACAAGCACCACCUUCUCCGUUACAGGAAAAACCCGAGAGUAAGGUCAUAGAUGAACUGGAUGAUUCGUUUGUGAUCAUAGAAAAACCAAACGUGAUGAAAUUUAAAAGCAAAAAAUCCUCCAAACCGCCGCAGAGAAGCGUGUCCAUGCAGGUGAUCAACACAGGGGCCGAGGAAGGCUCCAAAGGACAAAAACGCAACCAGAAGAAGUCGUGCAUUCAGUCCUGAGAUUAGGGGACAUUUAACGCUCUUACAGCGGAAGACAUUGCGAUGGGUUGGAAAAUGGACAGAAACGCAUCAUACUGUAAAUGUACAGUGUGAAACAUGUGAAAUAUGAAUCUCAGCACUUGGCAAAUACAGAGCAGAAUGAUCUAGACUGAUGAUUUUUUAUUAUUUGUGUGUAAGAGAUUUCAGCUCUGAAAUGUGAGAUUUUUUUUUAAAAAUGUCAAAAGUGUUUGAAAUGAAUUGAGGAAGUCGAUGUCAUUAGUAUGAUGAUGUUAAUGUGAAGGUCAUGUGACCACAUGAAGAACACGUCAUUGGCUCGUUUAGUCACCUGGAGGUGUGUGGAAAUUAGGAUUGUGUGUUUUCUGAUGAGCUAUGAAACUCUGAGACGUGACGUGUGUGUGUGUGGAUGUACGUGUGAGUGGAUGCACUGAAUGGACUUAAGGACUGCGAGUAAUGUACAUUUCUUAAACGGCUUCCUUAAAGGUCAUGCACUUGUGUUCUUUAUCACACUUCAAAUCCAUUAAAUCAAAAUAUUUAAGCAGAUAAAUAUUAAAAACUGAGAAGGAGUUGAUAUUUUAAGUGCUGUUGUAUUUACAGGUACGUAGACGUUAUUUGUCCUGACCACAGAAUACGUCCUGUAGGUGCGGCUCAGUUUCAGUCCCCACCUUUGUUUGACUACUGAAUUGCCACUGUACAUCUGCAGCUAACACAUACAUACACACACACACACACACACUCAAAUGACCUACUUACCCAAAAUGAACUUUUCUUCAUCAGAAAUGAAUAUUUUUCACCCUGCAUCUGUUUUUAUCUAUAAACUCCUGCAGUUAUUUGA